AUGUCAUCAGUGGAAUCGAACCAGGAGCACCUGCCUAAGUCAGAUCCAUCCCCAUCACCAAACUCCUCUAGUUCCUUUGAGCUGAUAGACAUGGAUGUCAACAGUUUGUAUGAACCCGUUUCUUCACAUUGGUUUUAUUGUAAGAUAAUAGAUUCUAAGGAGAUAUGGAUUCCUUUCAACUCUGACGAUUCACAACAGCUGGAGGAAGCACAUGGCUGUGGAAAGGAUUGUAAUGAGAGAGUUGUUCCCACUGAUGGGGGCAGAUAUGAUGUUCAUUUAGGGGAACGGAUGCGGUAUGCUGUGUAUUGGGAUGAGCCACCAUCAGAAGUGAGACGAUGUACAUGGUUUUACAAGGGAGACAAAGACAAUAAAUAUGUUCCUUACUCAGAGAGCUUCAGCCAAGUUUUGGAGGAAACGUACAUGCUUGCUGUAACUUUGGAUGAAUGGAAAAAGAAACUAGAAUCUCCAAACAGAGAAAUUAUUGUAUUACACAACCCGAAGCUCAUGGUGCAUUACCAGCCAGUUGCUGGGUCUGAUGAAUGGGGUUCAACCUCCACAGAGCAAGGGCGUCCAAGAUCAGUAAAAAGAGGAGUUGAGAACAUCCCUGUUGAUAUUCACUGUGGGGAACCUUUACAAAUAGAUCACUUAGUUUUUGUAGUUCAUGGGAUUGGACCAGCCUGUGAUCUCCGUUUUCGAAGCAUUGUUCAAUGUGUGAAUGAUUUCCGAAAUGUUUCCUUGAACCUGCUGCAGACACAUUUUAAGAAAGCCCAAGAAAACCAGCAGAUUGGAAGAGUAGAAUUUCUUCCUGUCAAUUGGCACAGUCCUUUGCAUUCUACUGGGGUGGAUGUAGAUCUGCAGCGGAUAACCCUGCCCAGCAUUAAUCGUCUCAGACACUUCACUAAUGAUACGAUUCUGGAUGUCUUCUUUUACAAUAGUCCCACGUAUUGUCAGACUAUCGUGGACACAGUAGCUUCUGAAAUGAACCGAAUAUAUACACUUUUUCUACAGAGGAACCCUGAUUUCAAAGGGGGUGUAUCCAUUGCUGGUCAUAGUUUAGGUUCGCUUAUAUUGUUUGAUAUCCUAACAAAUCAGAAAGAUUCUUUUGGGGAUAUUGACAGUGAAAAGGGUUCAUUAAGAACUGUUGAGGAUCAAGGAGAUGUACCAACAUUAGAAGAAGAUCUGAAGAAACUUCAGCUCUCUGAGUUCUUUACUAUCUUUGAGAAAGAGAAAGUUGAUAAACAAGCUCUGGCUUUAUGCACAGAAAAAGAUCUUCAGGAAAUGGGAAUUCCCUUAGGACCAAGAAAGAAGAUACUAAACCAUUUCAGGACCAGAAAAAAUUCAAUGGAUGUUAAUAGACCAGCCACAUCUGCUUCAGAAGUAAACAGCCCCAAGGAAAAUGGUGACUAUUUGGAUGUUGGCAUUGGGCAGGUGUCUGUAAAAUACCCCAGGCUCAACUACAAACCAGAAAUAUUCUUUGCCUUUGGAUCUCCCAUUGGAAUGUUUCUUACUGUCCGAGGAUUAAGAAGAAUUGAUCCUAAUUAUAAAUUUCCCACAUGUAAAGGUUUCUUCAACAUUUACCAUCCUUUUGAUCCUGUAGCAUAUAGGAUUGAACCAAUGGUGGCCCCAGAAAUAGAAUUUGAGCCAAUGCUGAUCCCACAUCAUAAAGGCAGGAAGCGGAUGCAUCUAGAGCUGAGAGAGGGCUUUACCAGGAUGAGUAUGGACCUAAAGAACAACUUGCUGGGUUCACUGCGGAUGGCCUGGAAGUCUUUCACAAGAGCUCCAUACCCUGCCUUACAAGCUUCAGAGACAGCAGAAGAAACCGAGGCAGAACCUGAAUCCAGCUCAAACAAGUUCAGUGAAGUUAACACAGAAGAGACGCCCGUGGAAGUUAAAGAAGAGCUAUCAAUCAAUGUGGGAAUGCUGAAUGGUGGCCAGCGCAUUGACUAUGUGUUACAGGAGAAGCCCAUUGAGAGUUUCAAUGAAUAUUUAUUUGCUUUACAAAGCCAUCUAUGCUACUGGGAAUCUGAAGAUACAGUAUUGCUGGUCCUCAAAGAGAUCUACCAAACCCAGGGUAUCUUCCUUGAUCAGCCUUUACAGUAAAAAUGGCCCAUCUGUGGCUGCUAAAUAUGGACACUAAGGGACCCUUUCCUGAACACCCACAGGCUUGUUGCUGCAGCUCUCUUCUCAGCUACAUCACCUUCUGCAUGUUGCCUGCCUCUUACUCCACAGGAUCUUUAUAAGAUAAUCCUUUUUGGAAAUUAAUGGAAAGCAAAAGGAAGACUCUUUGCUUUGUGAACUCACUCACUAGUUUACAUCUUUUAAUGCUUUAACAGCAAUACUUAUUACAUGGAAAGGAAUACAGUCUAUUGGGGGGGGCUAGAAAAAUUAUAGAGAUGUUUACUCCUUGUCUUUAGAAGAUGGACCGGUUUAGGAGUACUUAGGGGUCCAGUCAUUUUCUGUGGUCUCUGCACUGGAAGAUAAACAUGAAUGGAAUAUGAACAUAGCUGCUAGUUUUCAACUAGCAUUUCUUUCCUGUGUAUAUUAUAUUGGAGACAUGACUGCAGCUUACUAAAACAUAGCUUGCUCUGAACACUGUUAGCUAGACUUAUUAUAGAAUCACUGGUACUGUGUGUUAUUUUUACAACUGCUUCAGCUUCUGUAAAUGUGAAGAUUGUAUGAGUUGUAUACCUGCCCUUUAUACCAUAUUCAAAACUGGGGGUGAGAUUUGAGUAAGUUAUUUGAUAAUACUUACUUGAAGGUGAAGUUGUAAGAGUUGGUCAAUUAUAUGGCCAUUUGCAACUGUUCAUGUUUUAAAUGAGGUCUUUUAGUAGCACAAACUUUUUAAGUCUCCUGCUACUUCCAGUUGAAUAAAAGAAGUAUAUCGAUGUAAACAUUGCCUUCCAUAUGGUGUCCAAGGUCAAAAUGUUUACUUAGCUGAGCAUGCAGGUUAGCCAGGGAAAGACCAUAUUCUGAAAGAACCCUAUUUGCAGGGUCUGAGGAACAACUGUGUACAUUCAUAGCUGAAUCUGGCAAAAUCAAGGGAGAGUUAUCUCGAGGAACACUAGUGGUUGUAUAACGUUUUUCUCAAGGUAUCUGCUCAGUGCUCUGUGUUAGGCUUUCCUCCCCUUCUUCAGCAUGUGCUGUCAUCUUCGUUCUCUUCAUGAGUUCUUUAUGGUCCUCAGACCAACUCCUCAGGUUCCCACAGUUAAAGAGUGGCAGAGGAGGUAAGCUUUGUUUUGUCUUUUUUUUUUUUUUCCCUAUAAACUUAUCAUGGUAUCCAGAAGCUGUACAUUUAAUACUCACUGAAGGCAUCCCUUAAACAGCAGCGGACUGUACCACUUGCCUACAGAAAAGAGGUUAGUCACUGUACCCUGGAGGUUACAGAGGCAAGCACGGGAUAUAUCAAGCCUGGCUCUCCUUUCUCUGCUUAUGGGAUAAUGCUGGAAAAGCAAGCUACUGAGAAGUUCCAGGUGUAUGGAUUUUUUUUUUUUUUUUUAAAGCAAUGUCUCUUGAGUAGCUGAGAAUUAAGUAGUCAUUAAAUACUAAAGGGUUUUUGUCAAGUUGCUGUCUUCAAACUUGUUUACUCUCAUUGGCAGAAUUGUUUUGACUUAAGAGUAAACCAAAGUACAACCAAGAAUGAGUUCUUGUAACCAAAGAUGGGUGGCUUGGCUCUGGAGAGCAGAUUAUCCACCGUGCUAUGUGUGACGUGUUUCUUCCUGGCAGUCCAGGUGUACCCUCACCAUCUGCCUGUGGUGUUACUCUGCUGUGUGUUAUACAAGUAAAGUAGCAAGGGGCCUCUGUGUAGCUGUAGUCUCUGCCCUGCAUCAUUUGUACCAUGUACAACCUCUUGAUCAAGGCUGUUUUUAAACUCUAUCUUAAUAGCAAUGUUGUCCAGAUUCCUGCCUGCAGAGUUAGUGGGACUGUAUCAAGGGAAGAUGAAUAGCACCAAUUACCUUUCUGAUAUUUUGCACUUUUGAAAUGUUUGUUUUAUAUGUGAUUAUAUUUAAGACUUAAAUGCUGAAAUAAAACUAUUAACUAGUUAC